AUGGAGGUUUUAAGUUUGAGAAGGGUGUUGACGGUGGGCAUGACAGUGGCCAUGGUGAUAAUGUUAAGAGCCGAGAUGGGUAAUGCCAGUGGGAAAAUGCAUUAUGUUGGAGGAAGCAAGACAAGUUGGGGGCCAUCAAACGUUAACCUCACAGAGUGGUCUUGUCACGAAACAUUUUACGUUGGAAAAUAA